GGAUAAGCUCUCCCUUGGGUUUUUAGCUCCGCCCCUAUACCUUUCCCUGCCCUGUUGCUGUUGCGCUGCUGCUGGCUGCCACCCCUGGACCCCCACCAUGGAAAAUAUAAUGGAAGAUCCCCCCACAUCAGCUGUCUUGCUGGAACACUGUCAUUUCUCUCAGGUCAUCUUUAACAAUGUGGAAAAGUUCUACGUCCCUGGAGGGGACAUCACGUGCUUUUACACCCUCACCCAGCAUUUCAUCCCCCGACGAAAGGAUUGGAUUGGUAUCUUUAGAGUGGGAUGGAAGACAACCCGUGAGUAUUACACCUUCAUGUGGGUUACUUUGCCUGUUGACAUGAACAACGAAUCAGCCAAACAGGAAGUCCAGUUCAAAGCUUAUUACCUGCCUAAGGAUGAUGAGUAUUACCAGUUCUGCUAUGUGGAUCAAGAUGGAGUAGUCCGGGGAGCAAGUAUACCUUUCCAAUUCCGUCCAGAAAAUGAGGAGGACAUCCUGGUUGUUACCACUCAGGGAGAAGUGGAAGAGAUUGAAGAGCAAAAUAAGGAGCUUUGCAAAGAAAACCAGGAGCUGAAGGACAGCUGUGUCAGCCUCCAGAAGCAGAACUCAGACAUGCAGGCUGAGCUCCAAAGGAAGCAGGAAGAGCUAGAAACCCUCCAGAGCAUCAAUAAGAAGCUGGAACAGAAAGUGAAAGAGCAGAAGGACUGUUGGGAGACAGAACUGCUUCAACUGAAAGAACAAAAUCAGAAGGUGUCCUUAGAAAAUGAGAAGAUGGGAAUCAGAGUGGAUCAGCUUCAGGUCCAGCUGUCAACUCAAGAGAAAGAAAUGGAGCAGCUUAUUCAGGGAGCUCAAGAUAAGACAGAACAGUUAGAGCAUCUGAAAAAGGAAAAUGGCCAACUCUUUCUCACUCUAACUGAACAGAGGGAGCAGCAGAAGAAGCUCGAGCAGACGGUGGAGGAGAUGAAGCAAAAAGAAACCACUACCCUGAAGAAUCAACAGGAGUUAAUGGACGAGAACUUUGACCUGUCAAGAAGACUGAGUGAGAACAAGAUUAUAUAUGAUGCUCAGCAAAGAGAGAAAGAGAGAAUAGAAAAAGAAAAUGAUCUUUUGAAGAAGGAGAACAACAGAUUGCUCUGUUACAUGGGUCUGGAUUUUGACUCUUUGCUGCAUCACGUGCCUACUUCAGAGCAGGGAGGUGCAAAACAAAAUGCAGGACUUGCCUAUGGAAACCCAUAUUCUGGUAUCCAAGAGAGUUCUUCCCUCAGCCUGCUCGCCACCGAGAAAUGCCCCACCUGCAAUUCAGAUUUUGCUAAUGGCAUUUGUGAUCACAUCUUGGAGCAGCAGCAGAUGCAGACCCAUUGUCUGAAUUGUCCAAUUUGUGACAAGGUCUUCCCAGCAAGAGAGGUGCAGAUCUUUGAAGACCAUGUGUUCUGCCACUCUCUAUAAGUGUCCCAAACUUGUGGGUCUAUGCUGUAUAUAGAUUUUUUAGAGUAGAACCUACAGCUUCUGCUAUGAGUUAUAUGAGUCAAAAUCCUACCUAACCUGAAAUUAUCGGGGAUCUACUCGGCUACCCCUAAAGGUGGAAUCGUGUUGAUUAUCUGAAAGAUAGUGUUAAGGGCUUCUACUUCCAUCCUUGUGGGUUGCUACAACCUUAAGUCAUAUAACUCUUGAUGUAUGUGUAUCAUCCUCUCACCUCUAGUGCCCUUUCUUCCAAGAGUCUCCAGUACAAGGGCCCUGGGGUGGGACUGACCUGGGUAUUUACAAUAGGCCUGACCUGAUUGAUAUAGGUGAUUAGUUUUCCAAGUUGUCCUACCUACCAUUCAAGGUCAGGCCUUGAGAAUAUUUGUACUCAGUCCUCUGUCCUAACCCUGGGGCUGAGAAUUCCUUCCUUCCCCUUAGACCUCUUUCUCCAAUUCAUUGCAUUAGACUGGCCAAAAAUGGCAUAGCAGAGAACUCAAACAUCCAAUUUAGAUACCACAGGUUUCUCAUUUUAAUUUCUUAGCUCCCAAAAGAAGCAUUUUAUGCCUCAGCCGUGGACAGGAAAUCAUAUUUCAGUUGCAGAAAGCCUUUCUCUCUGUAUACCUCUGAUAGGCAUUUUCCUUAUUGUCUUUUCUUAAUGGUUAGGUAGGGGUUAUUAGACACUCUAUGAGUUUGCAACUUUCUGAGCAGGUGAGUUUGAAUAUGGAUAAGUCAGAAUAAUGAGCCAACUAUUGUUAAUCUCUUUAAUACUAAAAAUAAAUUACUAUUUCAGGAACUUAGGUAAUUUAAAAUAAGCCUUCAGUUAUGGUCUUUUAUUUUUAAAAGUAUGCUCAAAAGGACUGUAGGAAUUGCAGACCUCACUGAGGAUUUCUGUAUACCUGUCUCAACUAUUCAACAAAAGUGUCAUAUUGAGGUGGGGAAGGGGGAGAUAAUGAAGCAUUAGUUGGAAAACCCUGGGGCCCUGACUUCUUGCUCUAACUUUCCAUGCAUUUUUUGAAAAGGAGCAGCGUGCAUUUUGGCACCCUUUGUGAACUAAGCCUUCUAUCCACAUUGCCCUAAUUGAACUGUAAGAAAGCAAUUCUAUUUUCUUUCCCCUCAGAGACUGAGCAAAUGGAAAUGACUCCCAGGCAGCCUACCAACUGGUCAUUAGAGACUUUUAUAAAAACUUUCUGAAUGAUAUGAAACAUGAUGUCAUGAAUAAGGUUGAGCCAACUACUAUAUAAUCAGCAUUUCUACUACAGUUUUCCUUGAUGUGAUUGGGAGUUAUGCCCUAGACCAGUGGUUCUCAACCUUCCUAAUGCUGCGGCCCUUUAACACAGUUCCUAUGGGUCACGACCCACAGUUUGAGAACCACUGCCCUAGACUAACAGUAUUGUCCUUGUCACAGCCCCUUGCUUUGAUGUCACCCUUGACAAAAUGAAGAUGAAACUGUAUUACUCCUUCUCCUAUCUAACCAUUUCAAUAAGAUAUCUUUUGGACUCAAGCCUUUUGCCCCCUUGAGAAUGAGAUGUGACAUUAACACUAAUUCUAGAAUGGAAAUAUAACAGAGAGAUGGUAAUAAAGGAGUUUUUCUGGUA